AUCCUUUGUUUGCCCUGCAGUAUCGUUUACGCUAAGGUUACUUUUUUUUAUGGUCUUUGGAGAUAAAAUUUAUGCCCCUUGAUAUUCAUAUAUUCGCUAGUGCGGCAGUUGGUGUACUCCCCCUGGCAUGUGAUUCGAAGAUUGUAAUUUCUAAGUUCUCAGGUUUUAAUUGCUGAAUUCAGCGCAGUUGUGAUCGCCAAGGACUGCGCUGAAUUCAGUAUAUUGUGUUCUGAAAUAGGUUUUUGACUCGGGAAUUUUUUCAUGGGUGGGUUAUAAUUUUUUCUAGAACGGAAAAGCUGCGUUGGUUACAAUAAUUCCUCACAAUUAAACUGGAAUUGUGAACGUGUGACGAACUCGGAGAUUUUGCCAUCUUGAAGGUCGUCAGUAGGGGCAGCAGCACGUCUCUACGCCAAAGCAGGUCGUUGGUGGUACAGUCAGUUGACUUGACUUUGUUGUAUGGUUCCAUUACUAGCAGAGACAGAAGAUGCCCAAUUUGUGAAUACUAAGUCGGAUUGCGAGUGCUAGUCACCCACCCUGGCAUCUCUGAGCUUUGCAGCUGCCCAGACCCGCCACCUGAUUACAGAGUGGAAGGCAAGGCUAUUAGGGUUGAACAGAGAGAGGAAGGCCAGGGGUUUGGUGGAGGCCAUGACCAACUCCAGUAGCAGGGGUUUGCACUUGGAUCCUUCUCUUGACCCCACGCAAUCGCGCUCAUCUUCUAUAUUUGAGGAUUGGGGGAGUUCGAAUCUCAAGGUUCUUGCUGAACGCCUCCGCCAUUACAGGCCUUCACCAAGCUCGUGGGCAUCAUCAGACGAUGAAACGCACGGGGGUGUGACGUCCCAAGUGGGAAUGCCGACAUCAAUAGCGAAUGCCAACGAUCUAAAGGUUCCUCCGAAGUCCAAGCGAGCUGCUGUACUUCUGUGUCUUUUCCAAGGUGCCGAGCGGGAACUACGUGUGAUUCUCACAAAGCGGGCUAGCUCGUUGUCUUCUCAUUCAGGAGAGGUAGCAUUACCCGGCGGCAAAAGGGAUGAAGGAGAGGACGACAAGGCUACUGCGUUACGUGAAGCUCACGAAGAAAUUGGAUUGGAGCCUUCCCAUGUCAAGAUUGUCACAGUUCUUGAACCUUUCCUUUCCAAACACUUGCUGACGGUGACUCCAGUUGUCGGAAUAAUCCCAGAACACCACAAAUUUGAACCCAGACCAAACGCAGGAGAGGUGGACGCCAUCUUUGACGUCCCAUUGGAGAUGUUUCUGAAGGAUGAGCGGCACCGCGUUGAGGAUCGACAGUGGCUGAACAUCCAGUACCGUGUGCACUACUUCGACUACGAUGCGCCGGAUGGCAAGAAAUACAUCAUCUGGGGUUUGACUGCUGCUAUUCUCAUUCACGCAGCCUCUAUCAUUCUGCAGCGUCCGCCCGAUUUUCCAGAGUUUUGGCCGGAUUUCGACGCCUUGGCUAGAAAUAACCUAUGAAGGCAGUUGGGGGUGGAGGAACGCAAGUGGAAGGAGAUUUUGGGUCAACAUGUUGUAGUGAUGCAAGGGAAACUAAAUUUUAACAUAUUCAGUUCUGACUUAAAAUGAGAAUUAGGUGAGUGUUUUUCUCUUUCAAUAUGACAUCGUUUCCACCAGGAAGCAAAGUCCAUCAUAAUGCUAAUUCAUUAGGAUGACACCAUGCAGCGUAUGACUAGAUAUUAUUAGUGCAAUAAUUGUGAAUGCAAUUGGGGUCUACUGGAUUGCGUAAGCUUUACAAGCAAGUGAAUGUACGAACCUAUCUUAUUUUAUUUAUUAAGAUAGUUUAUAAACUUGUUUAGAAUUAAGAAGCAUUUUGUUGAUA